UACUGUUAUGAGCAUUAGCCAGCUGUAGCAGAGAGGAUCACUGCGGCAUUAAAAUGUUAUACAGCACUCUAUUCAUCUUUGCACAGAUCAUAAAACAGAUGAUACCGAUCGUCUGAUAUGGACCUAUGCUGAGGAACCGUCCCCAUCGAUUUAGCAAGUAUUUAUUUCCUGGAAAAGGGAAGCACUUGAAUGAAUUAGAUCUAAUGAGUUAGUGAAUGGUGACUGGGACAAUGAAAGUACAUUUACUAUCGUUAUAUUCAGUAAUCAUCGAGAAAUUACAUUUUAAUAUGUGAACAAAAUAGCCAAAUAGUAAUGAUUUAUGUAUCAUUAAAUUAGCAGGCUAGUAAUUGCAUUCAGUUGAUUUAACCAUAAAGGACAGAUAGAUACAUCACUCAAAGAUGGAUGAAGUGUUUAUGGAUCAGAUCAUGUAUGUUGUUCAUCAAGUGGUGUCUUGGAUCGCAUCUUUUGCCAUCGUAUUUGGAGGAGUUGUGCCAUACAUCCCUCAGUACAGGGAUAUCCGCAGGACUCAGAAUGCUGAAGGAUUCUCCACGUAUGUUUGCCUGGUUCUGCUGGUAGCCAACAUAUUAAGAAUACUAUUUAGGUUUGGACGUUACUUUGAGACUCCACUGCUUUGGCAGAGUAUAAUCAUGAUCAUCACAAUGUUAAUCAUGCUGAACCUGUGCACCAACGUCCGCAUGGCCACUGAACUCAACACCAAACGCCGCUCGUUCACAGCAACAGACAGUAAGGAUGAAGAAAUCAAAGUUCCUAAGAGGCUGUUUCUGGACUUUGACUGGAAUUACUUCUGGUUUUGGAGUCGUUUUGUGGAUUACCUGCAGUGUGUGCUGGCUUUCACAGUGCUGGCUGCCUACGUGACGUACCUGCUACUGGACUCUGUUCUGUUCGUAGAGAGCCUGGGUUUUCUUGCUGUAUUCACGGAGGCCAUGCUGGGAACACCACAACUUUAUUGCAACUACCAGAACAAAUCUACUGAAGGAAUGAGUAUUAAGAUGGUGUUGAUGUGGACCAGUGGAGACACUUUCAAGACAGGCUACUUCCUGUUGACUCAGGCUCCCAUGCAGUUCUGGAUCUGCGGCCUCCUUCAGGUGUGCGUGGACUUCGCUAUUCUCUUCCAAGUGUACUAUUACAGCCUCUACCCACAGAAACCCAUCUCACACACCACACACACCACCAGCGCCAAGGCCCUAUGAAACACCCACAUUUAUAAAGGAAUGUGCUCAAAAUCUAUAUUACAAUGUAUACGUAUGCAUAGAUACAAGAUCUUUGUACAGUCUCCCCAAAAAGUAUUUGCAUGCUUAAGUUGCACUUAAAUGUGUUUGAAUGUCAUUGCAUUAGAAUACAUAACAUCAAACUAUGAUGCUAAAGCUUUUCUCACAAUUAACUUCACUUUUUGUGCUUUAUUUUUUGUUAAAAUCAAUGCCACUUUUUUAUAUUUUAUGCAAUGAAAUGCAUGACGUUCAUACAGUAAGUGUUACUUAAGUGUUCGGAUUAUUUUUGGUGCCACUGUAUAACUAUACGUAGAACCAACCUUUUACAUGCAGUAUCAUAAAGAUAGGCAGUUAUAUUUACACGUUUACGCUUAUGAAAACUUUUGCCUUACAGACUCUCAGAUUAACCAGAAAUGUAUCUGACAUCAGAUGGAUGAAUGUACAAAGCUUUAGUUAUAAGAGAUUAAUACAAUUAGUGUAGUUUUAUUUGGAUAUGUUUUUACCUCAGUAGCCUGCUGUAGGGUUUCAGGCUGUGAAGGCCAAAUGAAGAUCACAGAAAGAGCCCUGUUUUGAACCAAAAAAAAUAAUAAUACAUUCUCUCCUUUUGGUAGUAGGAGACAAUCCUCAUACAAAUCCAUUCACAAAUCCACAAGAAUUAUUUUUGGAGAUAUGUAUAGCAAUCCUAAAUCAUUUGCAUGCAGUCAUUUUACAGUACUUAGCAUGACAAAUAAGGAAAUACCCAGAUAUAUUUACUAACUUUUGAUCCCUUAAAAUAACUUUGAUAAUGUAUUUGUGGCAUUUUGGGGGUUAAUUAAAAAAAUUGUAUCUGUCUUCAAGGCCAAGUGGUUUAAACAUUCGGUCAAUCUUCAGCCCUGAACAUGACAAUACACUGCAAAAAAAAAAGGGGGUAUUUUUGUAAUUUUCCAGUAAAAAUACCUAAAGAUCUUUAAAACAAAUACUUUUUUAAAGAAAAUAUAUCUUGAAUUUUUAUUAUUUAUUUUUUUUAAAACUCAUUAUUAUGUUUUGGCUUAUACUUUUAUGCUUAAAAAAAAAAGAAUAGAAUUAAUAAUACAUUUCAUUUAAAUUUUGUCUUACUGGAAAAUUUGACAAAUACUUUUUAAGAAAA